GAGGGGCGUUAUCACAGGACUGAGGAGGGGCGGGGCCACAGAGCUGGAGGGGCGGGCCAGAAAGCCGAAGGAGGCAGGAUUUAGAGAGGGGCGUUAUCACAGGACUGAGGAGGGGCGGGGCCACAGAGCUGGAGGGGCGGGCCAGAAAGCCGAAGGAGGCAGGAUUUAGAGAGGGGCGUUAUCACAGGACUGAGGAGGGCGGGGCCAGAGAUGAGGGAGGGGGGAGGUUAGGAACGGGAAGGGGGUGUGUGGCCAUAGGACCAGGAAACUAGGGAACAAGAGGGAGGGGCCAGAAAGCUGGAGAGGGCGGGGCUAGGGCUAGGCGAAGCGAGAAAGAGACAAGAGAAUGAGAGCUAGAGCUAGAAAGCGAAGUGGGCGAGAGAGCGGAGCCAAAGAAGGGGAAGGAGGAGCCAUGGGGAAGGGGGAAGAGGGUGGGGAACUCGGUGCGAAGGGUGGGCAGGGUCGGGGAGAGACCGAAUGAGAGUGGGGGGCGGGGCCAGGCCCUUGGGCCCUCGAGUACGCGGAGUCGGGAGCAGAGCUGCGCAUGCGCAAGGAGAGCUGCCCGGCGCGGGGUUAAGUGUCAGAGGGCGGUGCCAGCGCCCCUCCAAGAUGGCGGCCUCCAUGUGCGACAUGUUCUCCUUCUGCGUGGGCGCGGCGGGCCCGGUCCGGGGGCCCGUGGAGGUCCGAUUCGUAAGCAGCGCUAAGGGGAAGGGGCUCUUUGCUACGCGGCCAGUCCAGAAAGGGGAGACCAUCUUCGUGGAGAGGCCUCUGGUGGCCUCCCAGUUCCUCUGGAACGCCCUUUACCGCUAUAGAGCCUGUGACCACUGCCUGCGGGCCUUGGAGACCGCCGAGGAGAACGCCCAGAGGCUGUCGGGGAGGACCUGCGGCGCUCUGCCUCACCCCGAGCAGUGCAGCAUCCGGAAGGAGCUCCACCAGCUGUGCCCCCACUGCCAGGUGGCGUAUUGCAGCGCGGAGUGUCGCCAGGCGGCUUUGGAGCAGUACCACCGAGCCCUGUGCCUGGGCCCCUCCCAGAAUGACCCUGCGCAUCCUCUCAACAAGCUUCAGGAAGCCUGGAGGAGCGUCCACUACCCUCCCGAGACUGCCAGCAUCAUGCUGAUGGCCCGCAUGGUGGCCACUGUGAAGCAGGCAAAGGAUAAGGAACGCUGGAUCAAACUCUUCUCCCAGUUCUGUAAUAAAACGGCCAAUGAGGAGGAAGAGAUCGUCCAUAAGCUCCUCGGAGACAAGUUUAAGGGCCAGUUGGAACUUCUGAGGCGACUCUUCACGGAGGCUCUGUACGAAGAACAGCUCAGCCGGGAAAAUUUUAUCAAGAAAGUGAUCUCAGAACUCAUCAACCAACUUCUGUUGAUUGCUAGGAGGAGGAUGCAAGAUCAGUGGUUUACGCCUGAUGGAUUUCGGUCUCUCUUUGCUCUUGUUGGGACAAAUGGUCAAGGAAUUGGGACCAGUUCCCUGAGUCAGUGGGUCCAUGGUUGUGACGCCCUUGACCUGAAGCCCCAGGAACGGGAGCAGCUGGAUGCGUUCAUCGAUCAGCUGUACAAGGACAUCGAGAGAGCCAGCGGCGAGUUCCUCAACUGUGAGGGGUCUGGGCUCUUCGUGCUUCAGAGCUGCUGCAACCACAGCUGUGUCCCCAACGCGGAGACCUCCUUCCCAGAAAACAAUUUCCUUCUGCACGUCACAGCCCUUGAGGACAUCAAACCUGGGGAGGAAAUCUGCAUCAGCUACCUGGACUGCUGCCAGCGCGAGCGCAGCCGAUACAGCCGGCACAAGAUUCUCAGGGAGAACUACCUGUUCGUCUGCUCCUGCCCCAAAUGCCUGGCCGAGGCUGAGGAUCCCAGUGUGACCUCCGAUGAGGAAGAGGAGGAAGAGGAAGAGGAGGGCGAGCCGGAGGACGCCGAGCUGGAGGACGAGAUGACUGAUGUUUGACGUCCCGGCCCUGACUUCCUCCUGCAGGAAAAGGGAGCCGCCCCCCCAGCCUCAUUGCCCACCCCAAGAGGAGCGUCUGACCUCCCCCCUCCCUAGUCUGGCUGCCCAGGGAGUGGGCCAUGGGCACGAGCCUGGACCCAGCCAGACCAGGAGCCUUGUGUGGAAAAUGUGGAGGUGCAGCCCAGGUGGGGAGCCGGGGCCCCUCAUUCCUCACCCCCCGGGAGCUCCCCCCUUGAGAGGAUUCACGUUGGGGGCCAGGACUGGCCACAGUCUUUCGGAGCUCCCACCUGCCCCGGCCUGUUAUGGAUUUAUUUAUUUUGGGAACAAAGUACGGAGCAGAGUGUGGGGGCUACCCCCGAGGAAGCAUCAGUCGGCCUCACCCGCCUUCCUGGCGCUUCCCAGCUGCUCAGUCUGUGUUGGUUCACAGAAGGCCCUGUGCCCACCUCAGGGCCCCUUCUGCCUCCCUUGUAUCUGGGGCUCCUCGGCCACCAAGGCAGGCAGACGCUCCUUCCCCGAGCCCUUGGAAUCUCAUCUUGUGCCUUUUCUUCCCUGUCUGGGGAGAGCUGGUGAUUGGAGCCUCCUGGGCUCUGGGGGGAGGGGCAUCUCUCCCAGGAAGAGUGGGGGCCAGCCCUGACUAGGGGGCCGGGCAUUUGCUCUUUGUCCUGGAUCAUUUGGGGUGAGACUAGGUCUCCUUUGGGGGAUCCCCCACUUGCCUGCUCCCACCCCUCUUGAUUGGAGGCCAUCUGACCAGGCUGUAUCUGUUCUCCUCUCACCCCAGCAGCUUCGGGGGCCCUUUCUCGCCAGGCCAUUCCUUCUUUCCUCUCCUUCCCUCCUCUGGUGCUCUUGGGAGCAGUGGGGACCAGGGAGCCCAGGGCCCUCUUGGGGCCCCGGAGAGAGAUGGGAGCCAGCCAAGGGGCAGAGCGGCUCCGUGGGGCCCGCCCCCUGUUGCCAGGCCUUCCCCUCCCAGGCAGUGUAGAGAACCCAGCCUCCCCAGGAGGCCCCAGGGCUCAUGUGAUGGAUACGCUUGCUCUGUCCCCCUCCACACCCCGGGGAUGCGGCCCACGUCCUCCCUCCUCCUGGUGGUCUGGUGCUCCGCACAGACCACCGUCCUACCCGACCGUUCAGUGUUCUCAAUAAACAGUGACUGGUGAACAGAUCCCUCUGUAUGGAUGGGAGAGAUUCCGGGGGUGUGGGCUCCAAGUGAACUGAGCUGCAGUAUUUGGGGAAGGGGGGGGUCCUGCAGCCUUCUGUUGGGCCUUUCUGUAGCCCCCAUCUCCCUCCCUCGGCUUCUUCCUAGAGGCUGGGGGGCUGUGAUAG